AGAAGAAAAUUGAGAAAAGUUUUCUAAAUUUUCAGUCAGUUCUGCUUCAAGUCUUGAAACAACUCGACAUAAGAAUAAUCGAGCAACUGUCAAGUAGUUCUAAGUGAUCCUUUACUGAUUUAAUUGAACCACAAAGCCAACAAACAAACAUGUUGUUCGAGAAAUUCCAAAAUAAUCCCUUCGCCACAAAAGUUAAAUGCGACAGCGGUGAAAAUUCACUCGAAACGUCCAUCAUUCCAGGACGCCAAAUUGGCGCUGCUGCAGCUGUUUCAAAUGUUAUUCUCCCAGGAGAUUCAUGUGCAUUUGGAUCUAACAAAUACUUCCUUCUCUGUGGCCUCGGAGGUAUUAUCUCAUGCGGUUCCACCCACACAAUGGUUGUUCCCUUAGAUUUAGUGAAGUGCCGCAUCCAAGUUGACCCAGUCAAAUACAAGGGCAUUUUCAAUGGAUUCAAAGUUUCACUUGCUGAAGAAGGUAUCAAAGGUUUAGCAAAGGGAUGGGCACCAACAUUCUUGGGAUACUCAUGCCAGGGACUUUGCAAAUUCGGUCUUUAUGAAGUCUUCAAAGUUGUUUAUUCUGGAGUUCUUGGUGAAGAAAAUGCAUACUUGUGGCGUACAAGUUUGUAUUUGGCAGCUUCAGCUUCAGCUGAAUUCUUCGCUGAUAUUGCUUUGUCACCAUUUGAAGCUGCUAAAGUUAAAAUCCAAACAACACCUGGCUUUGCCAAUACACUUCGUGAAGCUUUCCCUAAAAUGAUGAAGGAAGAAGGUAUGAAUGCUUUCUACAAGGGAUUGGUUCCACUUUGGAUGCGUCAAAUUCCAUACACAAUGAUGAAGUUUGCCUGCUUCGAAAAGACAUUGGAAUUAUUGUAUGCUUAUGUUGUACCCAAACCACGUGCUGAAUGCUCUAAGGGUGAACAACUUAUUGUCACAUUUGCUGCUGGUUACAUUGCUGGUGUCUUCUGUGCUAUUGUUUCACAUCCAGCUGAUACUGUUGUGUCGAAACUUAAUCAAGCCAAGGGUGCAUCUGCCUUUGAUGUUGCUAAGAAACUCGGCUUUGCUGGUCUCUGGGGAGGUUUAGUUCCAAGAAUUGUCAUGAUUGGUACACUCACAGCUGCUCAAUGGUUCAUUUAUGAUGGCGUUAAAGUCGCUUUAGCUAUGCCACGUCCACCACCCGCAGAAAUGCCAGAAAGUCUCAAAAAGAAGCUCGGACUUACAUCUUAAGCAGACUCAUCAUGUAACAUCACUUACGUUGCCCGAAUUACUCGAUUAAAUAUGUGCAAAUGUUUGACUAUGAAUGAGCACAACAUCCAAUUAAGUUACUACAUUUCUCUUGAUUUUACUGUCAUCAAAGCAGUUAGAAUAACAUUUGGGCUUGUAAGAACAAAUAACUUCUGAAUUAAACAAUUUCUGAUUAUUAAUUGAUAAGAAACAAAACAAAUGAUUAAAAAUAUCCGACAAAAUUGUAAAUUACAAAUUAAAAUCUAUUUUUAGAUAGGACGAAUAAAGGAUUAGACUUUAAAACAA